AUGAAUUUUAAUUCAAAUCAUGAGAAGUUUUCUAAAAAUUAAAUUCAUCAUUUUUCAAGGCUAGUCUAAAUUUUAGAAAAAAAAGCAGUCAUGAUAAAUUUUGAUUACAUUAGAACCUACUCAAUGAUAAAAAAGAAAAUUAGCUCUAUAGAUUCAAGCGACAUAUAAUAAUUGAAUUAAUUAUAGUAAAAUUAACAUUCAUAGUAAUCAUUUCGUAGAAGUUCUUAAUUGAUGACUCCAAAAGGAAGUAUGUUAUAGGCAAUAUAAGAAUUAAAAAUCAAAAACAUAACUGAGUAAAUUAAUCAAUCAUAAUAUGAAACAUCUAAUACAAAAUAAGGAUUCAGAAAAAUUAUAGAAUUAGAAAGGAGAGCCAGAAAUAUCAAAGCAAAUUUAAAAGAUAAUAAAAUUAUACUCAAAUCAAAUGAAGAAAAAUUUUAUGAAAUUUGCUUGGCUGUUGUACUGAUAUUUUUCAUCUUUACAUUUACUUAUACAAUUAUCCAUGAAUUAAAGAAUUGA